AUGAAGAACAUCCUCGCACCCUUUGCGGCUCUCGCCGCUGCCCUCACCGUCUCGGUGACGGCCCUCGCCCCCCUCGAGCGCAACUUGGCCUACCGCUCUCCCUCGCUCUCCUUGAGCAACGGUGACGGCCUCAGCCACGACAUCGCUCACAUCGGCAACCAGAUUCGCAAGCGUGCCUACGAUGACUACGUCACCUCCAAGGUCGAGGGCAAAGCCAAGCGCAACAACGGCAAGAAGGGUCAGUACAAGACCGAAGCCGACUUCCUCGUACAAAAGUACGACGCCAACUACGGCUCGGACGGCCGCGACGCCUACAAGGGCAAGGUCUCGUUCCCCUUCGGUGUCGCUUCAGGUGAUCCUUACCCCAACUCGGCCAUUCUCUGGACACACCCUGUGCCCGAGGAUAGCAACACCAACCUGCCGAUCUGCUUGCGUUACCAGACGUCCAAGAGCAAGACCGACUUCUCUGCCAGCAAUCUCGUCGACGACAGCUACGCCUGGACCACCAGCGAGGUCGACUACUCGUACAAGGUUGAGACCACCGGCCUUUCUCCCAAGACUCAGUACUACUACCGCUUCUUCUCGUGCCACGACCACUCUGUCGUUUCGCCCGUCGGUACCUUCAAGACAAUUCCCGAAUACGACGACGACUCUGUCGACGAGCUCAAGCUCGCCGUUUUCUCGUGCUCCAACUUGCCCUUCGGCUUCUUCAAUGCCUACCGCGCCGCUGCUGCUCGCGACAACGGUGCCGACUACUUUGUGCACGUCGGUGACUACAUCUACGAAGCCCGUGGUGAUGGUCAGACGGUCGCAGGAGAGAACACUUAUGGCGACGGUCGACCGCUCAACCGCGUUCCCGAACCCGAUCACGAGAUCGUGACCCUGGACGACUACCGUCUCCGCUACGGCUCGUACCGCAAGGACAAGGACCUCGCCGCCCUCCACGGAUCCAAAGCCUUCUUCGGUAUCUGGGACGACCACGAGGUCGCCGACAACUCGUACAACCACGGUACCGCCGACAGCAACGACACCGACACCGGAGCCGUGCGCGGCGUCAAGUUCACCGAGCGAAAGCUCGCCGCCGUCAAGGCCUACUACGAAUGGAUGCCCAUCCGUCAAGUCGACACCACCGACUCGCUUCGUAUCUGGCGCAGCUUCCGCUACGGCAAACUCGCCGAUAUCUUCCUGCUCGACACGCGUAACUUUGACCGCGAUCUGACCGACAUCUACUGGAACACCGCCGCGGUCGGUGCUGUCAGCAACGACACGGACCGCUCGCUGAUGGGAGGCAAGCAGGAGCAGUGGCUCUACCGCAACAUGAUCGAGUCGCAGCAGCGUGGCGCUACCUGGAAGAUCGUCGGUCAGCAGAUCGUAAUGAAUUGGCAGAACUACGGCGAGCCUGACUUCAUGUACAACUACGACGCUUGGCAGGGAUACAGGUCCAACCGUCGUCGAUUCUUCGACACGAUCGUCAAGAACGACAUUGACAACACGGUCAUCCUCGCCGGAGACUCGCACGCCAACUGGGUCUACGAUACUGUUCCAGAGGACCGCCUCAACAACACCCAGUACGACCCCGUCACCGGCCAGGGCAGUAUCGCUGUCGAGUUCGCCGGUACCGCCGUCUCGUCGCCCUCGUCGUACGGAAAGAACCUGACGCAGCAGAAGUACGACGCUGCUGCUCAGCGCUUGGUGUCGAUCAACAGGAACUUGCAGUGGGCCGAAGGUGCCCACCGCGGCUACUUUGAGCUCGAGUUCAGCAAGAACGAGGUCAACGCUCAGUUCUACGGCUACGCCAACAACAGCUUGCCCAACUCGGAAGAGCUGCUCGUGGCACAGUUCAACGUCAAGAAGGGCGCCAACAAGCUCACCCGCCCGAUCAACUACGGUAUCAAGCCCAACUCGGGUGCUCUGCAGGCCCAGGUGGUUGACUACUCCAAGUCUCGAUGGAACGGAACGGCUUUCGUUGCGCAGAACUGA